AUUGUCUACAGGAUUGCAACUAUGGUCAAGAAUGCAAACUUAUCAACACUUGGCAAUUUGUUCCACAAAAGUCAUGAAGCACUUAUUACAGAUUGUGAAGCUGAAAACUAUUUGAAGGAUUAUUACAUUCCUGAUUACAUACUUCUACCAGAAAAGGAAAUACAAAAUGGCUAUGAAGUAGCUUCUUGUCCUGUAUUAGUAUUUAUCAACUCCAAAAGUGGUGGUCAACUAGGAGGACAACUUCUUUUCACAUAUGCUACUCUUCUUAACAAAAAUCAGGUAUUUGAUUUGGGAGAAAAGGCUCCUGACAAAGUUCUACAUCAAUUCUACUCCAAUUUAGAAAAGCAUAAGCAAAAUGGAGAUAGCUUGUCUUAUGAGAUCGAAAGGAGAUUGAGAAUCAUAGUGGCAGGUGGGGAUGGAACAGCAGGUUGGAUUCUUGGUGUUGUAUCAGAUCUAAAAUUAGCUCAUCCACCUCCUAUUGCAACCGUGCCAUUAGGAACAGGAAACAAUCUGCCUUUUGCGUUUGGUUGGGGGAAAAAGAAUCCUGGUAUUAACUGCCAGUCCGUGAAGUCGUUCUUGAAUCAAGUGAAAAAUGGAAAAGAAAUGAAAGUUGACAGCUGGCAUAUUCUUAUGAAAAUGAGGGUUCCUAAAGAAGGUUCUUGUGAUCCUAUUGCACCUCUUGAGCUACCACAUUCAUUGCAUGCUUUUCACGGUGCGCCUCAAGCUGAUACUUUGAACAAGGAAGGCUAUCAUGUAUUUCGGGGAGGAUUUUGGAACUACUUCAGCAUAGGAAUGGAUGCUCAAGUUUCACAUGCAUUUCACAGUGAGAGGAAGCUCCAUCCAGAAAAGUUCAAACACCAGUUGGUUAAUCAGAGGAAUUAUGCGAAGCUUGUCUGUAAACAAGGAUGGUUUUGCACUUCUUUCAUGCACCCAUCGUCAAGAAACAUUGCUCAGCUAGCAAAUGUCAAAAUAAUGAAAAGGUCAGGUGAAUGGAUAGACCUACACAUACCAAGCAGCAUCAGGUCUAUCGUCUGCAUUAAUUUACCCAGCUUUUCCGGUGGACUUAAUCCUUGGGGAAGACCUAACAAACAGAAGCUGCAUGAGAGGGAUCUUACUCCUCCAUAUGUUGAUGAUGGUCUACUUGAAGUUGUUGGUUUUCGCGAUGCUUGGCAUGGACUUAUUUUGUUUACUCCAGGAGGGCACGGGACACGCCUUGCACAGGCAAAUAGAAUACGAUUUGAGUUUCACAAGGGUGCUGGUGAGCAUACAUUUAUGAGAAUGGAUGGGGAACCAUGGAAGCAACCACUUCCUAUAGAUGAUGACAAAGUUGUUAUAGAAAUCUCUCAUUUUGGUCAAGUGAACAUGCUUGCUACUCCACAUUGUCUAUCAAAAAGUAUCAAUCUUCCUUCUAUAGAUCAAAGUUUUUUUGAAGAAGACUUGGUGGAGGAGAGGAGAAAGUUGGGUGCAGCUGAUAGUUUCCGAAUUCCAGAUGGUUUCGAUAUAAAACAUCGUGAACAGAGUUAA